AUGGUUCAUUUAUUGACUAUAGCAGCCACUGCCAUUCUCGCUGCCAUUGCACACGCUAAAAACUUAAACGACGUUGAUCCUAAAGCCGUUACCUCCUUUAAAGACGGUGCUUUUGUUGUAGAGUAUUAUAGUCCUGAUUGCACUCAUUGUACUGCAUUUGAGCCUAAAUGGGAUCAGCUCGUAAAGGAUCGUCAAAGCAUCGCUACAUUUGCCAGAGUCAACUGUGCCAAACACAAAAAGUUCUGCACGGACAUGGGAAUUUCGCGUAUUCCUACACUUCAAUCAAACUACAACGGUGGUGAAUGGAAGCAAUACGUGGGCGAUUUCUCGAUUGAUACCGUAGACAAAUUCAUCAGAGACAGCGAAAUCAAGCGCAAUGAGCAUGGUAAAAAUGUCGAAUUGACUGAAUCCUCUCAGUUAAAGACCAUCAUUGACAGCAAAGAGCCUUGGUUUGUCAAAUUCUACGCUCCCUGGUGUACCCAUUGUAAGCACCUUGCCCCUACAUGGGAGAAGCUGGCCAAAAAAUUGCAAGGCAAGGUCAAUGUUGCUGAAGUGAACUGCGAAGACAACAAAGCACUGUGCCAAGAAUACAAAAUUGCCGGCCUACCCACUCUCAACUAUUUUGUGCAUGGAGCCACACUGAAAUACACCGGUGAGAGAAAGUUGGAAAAAUUACUGGAUUAUGCUCUUGAUAUGUCUGGCUCUCCUGUGCACAAUGUCGAUACAGACAGUGACUUGGAGACACUUCUCAAGGCAAAUGAUGUCAACUUGGUCUAUGUCCGCGAUCCCAAGAAGGAUACUCAUCAAUUACCUCUCUUGGAGAAGUUUGCACCUGAAUUCAUGGAACACAUCCCCUUUUACACCACCACCGACCACAAAACUGCCAUGCGCUUCAACUUGAAAGAAUCUGAUCUCCCCGCUGCUGUCAUUGUCAAGGACGGCAAUUACCACGUCUUUAGUGAUGCUGAUAUUCAGAACAUUGUGCCUUGGAUCCACAAGGAGCGUCAUCCUCUUGUUACUCGUGUCUUGCCUCACAACUCGAAUGCUAUUUUGAAGGGCAAGGAAGUGGUUGUGCUUGGUAUCACUAAACCAGACGACGCUGAUUCCGAGUUCAAGUUGCGUGAAAUGGCUAAGAUCUACAGGGAUGAACAUAGCGGUAAGGAUAUUACUUUUGCUCUCUUGGACGGUGAGCUUUGGGGCAACUACAUCUACCGUGCGUUUGGCAUCCACAGCCACAAGUUACCUACCAUCAUCGUCUUGGAUCCCAAGAACCAAGUCUACUACGAUAGUCACGCCAACAAGGCCAAGUUUGUUUUGAACAAUCCAGAUGACAUUCUGAAAUCCAUCCAGAAUUUGGAAAAACUGACUGGUAUCUCAACAGCUGCUUCCAAGACCAUGGGUGCGUUGGAUAGAUUCUUUAUCAGCUUUGGAGACCAUUGGAUUCUUUGGACCACCGUUCUCUUUGGUGCAUUGACUGGUGUUUAUUGGUUCUUGGUCAGAGAUGAGCCUACGCCCAUUACUCCUGCAGAGAUCAGAGCACAAGCCAAGAAGGAAGUUGAACAAAGAAACCAAGAAAAGAGACUUCAAGAGGUCAAUGCUGACAAGACAACCGCUGUAGUCGAAAAAACCACUGCUGUUGUUGAGAAGGAUGAUUAA